CCAUUUCAACUUAUUUUUGUUUGUUUAUUUAUUCGUUCUUAAAAUGACUUCAAUUUUUCAUUCCGGCCUUUUAAAAGAUAUUUCUUCCUUAUUAAAUGAUGCCGAUGAUUUCAACGUUAUUAUCAAAGUCGGUGAUUAUGAAUACGUAAAAGAAUUUCGAGCACAUUCAGUAAUUUUACGUGCUCGCUGUCCAUACUUUAAAAAUGAACUCUCGGAUGAAAAGUCCACAAAAAAGAAUAAUAUGAUCACUUUUAAUAUACCAAAUAUUACUCCAACAGUUUUUGAAAUGGUUCUAAAGUAUAUUUAUACAGGUGAACUUGAUUUAACAAACCAUCUUGGUGAAAAUAUUCUUGGGCUUCUAGUUGCAUCCUAUGAAUUAUUUCUUGAAGAAUUAUUUAUCCAUGUUCAAGAAUAUUUAAUCGAAGAACAAGCACCUUGGGUUCAGAAAAAUUUUGUCCAAGUUCUUCAUACAGUAUUUAAACUUAAGGACUGCGAAAAAAUACAAGAUUAUUGCCUUGGAUCCAUUUGUGCGGAUCCACAACCAUUUAUUACUUCAAAGAAAUUUCCUUCAUUAGAUAAAGAUAUUCUUUAUGGUUUACUCAAACGAGAUGAUUUUCCAGUUGAAGAAAGUAUCAUUUGGGAUUGUUUAAUUAAAUGGGGUAUUAAGCAAACUCCUGGCUUGGGAAAUGUAAAUGGUGAUAGAACCAAGUGGAGUAAUUCAAAUUAUCAUGCGUUAAAGAAAACCUUAAAUCCAUUUAUUCCACUUAUUCGGUUUGCAGAAUUUUCUCCUGCUGAAUAUUUUGAUAAGAUCCGUCCUUACAAAACUGUCAUUCCUAAUAAUAUUUAUGAUGAAAUUGAAGAGUACUAUUUUAAAAGCGUCCAACCAAAAACAAUAAAUUUGACUCCACGUAAAAAGAUCAUCGAAUCAAAUCUUAUAAAACCAAAACUUGCUAAUAUAAUUACUAGUUGGAUUGAAAGAAAAGAUGAAAAAGACUUAUCAGUCAAAUACAAAUUUGAUCUUCUUUAUCGUAGUAGUCGAGAUGGACUUAACAUUAAUACAUUUCGAACUAAAUGUAAUGGCCAGGGUCGAUGUUUAGUAUUAGUUAAGCAUCCAAACUCAGCAAAAAUUUAUGGAGGAUAUAAUCCGCUCGACUUUGUUAAUGCUAAUGGACAAAAUUAUAGUACAACAGAAAGUUUUAUAUUUUCUUUUGAAAAUAGUGAAGAUAUUCAAUAUAUGAAAAUAAGUCGUGUGCAGGGUAGUUAUGCUAGUUAUGCAAUUUACGAGCAAAAUACCCAGGGAUUUAAUUUUGGUAAUACUCUUUAUUUACAUAGUAACCUAAAUAUAUAUUUUCGUAAUCAGGGUUAUUAUGAUAAUAAUAUUAACAAUGUUUUAGACCCAUACCCUAGUGGUACUUUUGUUCCGGCAGAAAUUGAAGUCUUUAAAAUGAAAGCUUCGUAAUUUGGUAUAUAUAUCAAAAUCGAUUUUGUUCUCACAAAUUUAUUAUAGAUCAGUGUCGAGUGUCGACAAUUUGUAGUAUGAAACGUGUCAAUUUAUUUGUGUCGUUUUGUACCUUCAACUUGAAUCAAAUAAAAGAUAUAUGUUUAUUUAAUU